UAAGUCUUUCUGGAGCUUCAAAUCUAAUCUUCAGUCGAGCUCGAGACGGCCCUUUGAUUCGAGUACCUUUUCGCGAAUGCUCGCCGCUGGUACCUGAAAAGCCGAAAGGACAGACCCAACUCUCUCGGGGAACCUCCGACCCCCGCCAUGUGGAGGAACACGCCGAGUUUCGCCCCCAAGCUGUUAUCAAACUUGAAAUACUAUCAUCAUGGGUCUCGGUCACCAUCGAUUUUCAAUGCCAACGGCAUCGUCUUUGUGCCUCAAUUCCUUUCGCGUUGCUCGUCUUCAUCCGCUGCCAUCCCUCCACAUUCGGACUCACUUAAAUCUAGGUUUCUGAACCGCAAAUCUGAUGGAAUUCGAGCUUUCUCCCCAACUUCCUCGGCUGCAGCUGUCGAUCUCUCACCCUUGACUUCUGCAAUGCAAUUGGCUCGCCACUACAGCCGCUGCUAUUGGGAGCUCUCCAAAGCUCGCCUCAGUAUGUUAGUUGUUGCAACUUCUGGAACCGGAUACAUUCUUGGGAGUGGAAAUGCUGUUGAUUUUGCAGGCAUGUGUUGGACUUGUGCUGGUACUAUGAUGGUUGCAGCAUCUGCAAACUCAUUAAAUCAGGUGUUUGAAAUCAGUAAUGAUGCCAAAAUGAAAAGAACAAGGCGAAGACCACUUCCUUCAGGGCGUCUUACAAUAUCACAUGCUGCCACUUGGGCAUCUUCUGUUGGUUUAGCUGGCACUGCUUUGUUGGCAUGCAAGGCUAAUAUGUUGGCAGCUGGGCUUGCAGCUUCCAAUCUUUUUCUUUAUGCAUUUGUCUAUACGCCAUUGAAGCAGAUUCAUCCAGUCAACACAUGGGUUGGGGCCAUUGUCGGUGCCAUUCCUCCUCUUUUGGGGUGGGCUGCAGCUUCAGGCCAAGUUUCACUCAAUGCGAUGAUUCUUCCUGCUGCACUCUAUUUUUGGCAAAUACCCCAUUUUAUGGCCCUUGCUUAUUUGUGUCGCAAGGAUUAUGCUGAUGGAGGGUUUAAGAUGUUCUCUCUUGCUGAUGCUUCUGGUCAAAGAACUGCCUUAGUGGCUCUUAGGAACUGUUUGUAUUUAGUUCCAUUGGGCUAUUUAGCAUAUGAUUGGGGUGUGACUUCUGGUUGGUUUUGUCUAGAAUCAUCUCUUUUGACUCUAGCAAUUAGUGCCUCAGCCUUUUCAUUCUACCGAGACCGAACAGUACACAAGGCUAGGAGAAUGUUUCAUGCCAGUCUGCUGUAUCUUCCUGUAUUUAUGUCUGGGCUUUUGUUUCACCGUAUCAGUGGGGAGAGUGAGCUUUCAUCUUCCUUGGAAGCUCAAGAACUAGACUCUGGAACUGAUAAUCAGAAGAGCAAAGGAAGGCAUACAAUUGCUGGUACACAAGCACGUGCGCCUGUAGCCUAUGCUUCUGUUGCACCAUUUCCUUUUCUGCCAGCACCUUCAUAUUCUGUUCCCUAAUAUGUUGCACGUCUUGCUGUUAGUGCUACUUUAAUCGAAUAAAGUAGGAAGGCAACUCUGAUAUUGGGGUGCUGGGCCUCUCUCUUUUCAGAUGUUUUUCCUCUCCCCGCUUCUUGGAUUUUUUUUUUCCCUUGUCAGUUUGGUGAUAGUACUCUCUCUUUUUUUUUUUCCGGUUUGAUAAAAACUAAGCAAUUUUUGAAGAUGUGAUUUACCAUUCAUGAUCAUGUUUUGUGAACUAGUAUCGGACUGCAGAAAGGGUUGUUUUCAGCAGAAGAAUGUUGGGGGCAUCAUGCUUCAGUAGAACUUUGUUGGAGGUGGGGUUAGAUUUGUGCUCUUGUGAUGGUAUGGGGCUAUGCGCGGUGCAAAUGCAACUUCAUUACUGUAUUUGUCAUGUAAAUUAAGAAAAUAAUUCUUAAACCAAAUAAAUUCCAAGGAAACAGCCCUUGGUCAAGCUGUUAUUGAGUGUGAUUGUCUCUUGCUCAUUUAGGCCUUAAAGUCCUCCUCCUCAGGUCACUUGGGAGAUCUCAUGUUCCUUUUCUUUAAAUUUUCAGUUAUAUACCCCCGUUUUGAUUCUUCUUCUCAUGUAAAUGGUUUCGGGAAUUGGCCACUAGAGGGCCAAAGGCUUGCAUAAGCUAUUUUGUCUGCCUCUCUGUCAUGGCAAGCUUGUAUCUUCCAGGAGUUCGAUAAGCAUGGCCUUGUAAUGCAGUACUUAUAAUUUUAAAAAAGGGAAAAAAAGAAACUGCGGUGAUGCUAGACUUUUGAUGAACUAAGUGUUCUCGAUAUAUUUGCCAUGAUGCCUGGUGUUGAGUUUUUGGGCUCUUUGUUUGUGUCAUUUUAGUGUUCGAGUAAAGUGAUUGAAAGGUCGAUAUAAAUUGUUGGACGUAAUUAGCCUGCAUUAUGCUAAUCACAAGUAUCAUGCAUGAAGUAAUGGCGGACAUAGUCCAGUGGUUAAGCCAGAUUAGGUUUUAAUAAAGAAAAAAGGUAUCAGUACUGAGAUUGCAUGAAGAGGGGGACAGAGUAUGCAAUAGUAACCUCGGUCAAUGUUAAAUGUAAUAUAGUUUGGUAUUUUAAAGAAAGAUUAUCAUAGAUAUAGUGAAAGAAUAUUCAAAAUAAUUUCAAGUUUUUAUAAUUAAAAUUUAAUUAAAAUUAAUACGUAAUGGGUGAUUUUGGAGUUGGUGGAAUAAAUUCACAAAAGAAAAUGAUAAACUAGGUUAGUAACUCGGUUGUAAAAAAAAUAGUAUUUAUAACUAGCAAUAUGAUAAAUAUACGACGGGCGGAAGGCCCAAAAGCAAAAGGUGGUGGGAAAGUAGUAUUGGCCUGGGUUGGAAAAGAAAUGGAUAAAAGGACACAUUAUUGUUUUCGGCGCUGAAUUCCUCGAUGAUUUUAUAUUUCCCCUUGCUAUGGAUGCAGAUUGAACUUUGGAUGCUUUUAUCAUGUCAGGGAUGCCGUUUGGAAUAGAAGAAUUCUAUGAAAAAACUCAUGAUCUGUUGAUCUCCACAAAUACUACCGCACCGUCGGCUUCCUUCUGGCCCGUCCGAGUAGAGGAGCUCUCCUCCUUCCCACCUGGAGAGUGGGUUUUAAGGGUUUCGAGAAUGGGUUUAAUUUACUUGCAGGUAAAGGUUAUAAUCGGCUCCGGCGCUUCAAUCUGUCCCGUGUCCAGCGAGACUUGGUCGGAAGGGGCUUGCAGAGUUUUCUAAGAAGGCACGAGUGACGAUCUGCCAUCUUUGUCUUUUCAGUUUGAGUCGGUUUGAGAUCUCCUCGAUGUCUCCCUGAUGGUUGCGGCUAAAAGGCUUUUGCUUGUUAGAUCUUUUUCCUUCGAGCAUCGGUACCUAACGAGCUACUGUAGCGAGAAUCUCUUCCAUUUUACUUCUGUGGCAGACAUUGAGCUCAGAUGACCAGAGGAACAAAGGAGAAGCGGCGGUUGUGCAAAAGCUGUAACCGGGUUUCAUUGGUUGUCAUGCAAGUCGGGUUUUUAGAGCUUCAAAUAUUUGGGUCUGCUUUAGACUUUUUAUAUGCAUUGUAUUUGAGACCUUUUAUGUUGAUAUUGGAUCUUUUGUAUGCA